UACCCAAGCAAAAAAAAGCAAUUGAAAAAUACUGGAUUGCUCUUGGGCUCUGGUUGGCCUUACUCACAAUGGCCGCUUUAGUUUAUUGUGUGAGCAGUGCAUUGAAUGAUCUCUACGUCUUUUCAAAUGCCUACAAACGGUGUAAUUAUAAUUUCACACAAACUAUAAAAUAUCUAAAAUACAAAGAACGCUUGAAAUUAUUCUAUAAAUAUUGUUGUGAUUUUCGUGAGAAUUAUUAUCGUCAAACAAUAACUACUAGUGCCAAAUUGCAAUCCAAAGACAAUCAUCGUGAGCAGAAAAUGUAUAAAUCAAAUAGAAGUGGCAUAGAUUUUGCAGCCAUAGAAGCAUCGGCCGAGGCAUUUGAAGUCAUUGACUCUUUUGCGGCGAAAACACCGCACGGUUCGGUGGAAAACUUCUUGGAGUCUGAAAGAAUCAAUACAAAUUUUCGCGAAAACUAUUUCGAGGAUGACAUAGAAAUCAUUAAUGGCAUAGAAGCUGAGUAUGAAGAACGCCUACAAGAUUUUGAGGCCGAUGAUGAACCAAUCUAUCACAAUCCACAUUUGGGAGAUUUGCACGAGGGUGUUAGUUUUACGGUAACGGGUAAAACCAAACGUCAUUGUGAGAGAUUUUCUAUAAAUUUUAUUGUGGAAAAUGCUACCAGAGAUUUAGCCUUGCACAUAAAUCCACGUUUACCUCAAAAUUAUAUUGUGCGCAACACUAAAGUUCGUAAUGUUUGGGGUCGUGAGGAGGUGGCCUCGGCUUUGCCAUUUAGUCUCAGACGUGGCGCACCAUUUUCCAUACAAGUUCUCUUCACCGAAGAAUGUUACAUGAUCUCCGUAAAUGGUUAUCAUUUUUGUAAAUUCUAUCAUCGUUUGCCCUACAAAAGUGUCCAGAGUCUGGAGGUUAAGGGUGACAUAGACGAUGUAAUCGUAGAACGUAUGAUUGUUAGCCACUAUCCGGAACGUUUGCCGGAGUCCGUACCCAAGUCUGUACGUCUGCACAAAUCUCUAAGAGCCGAUCAUGAUCCCGAUGAAGAAGGUGGCGAUUUGACGGAUCACGAAGAGAAACAAGCUACACAAUGGCGUGAUGUUAUUGUAAAUAAUAAGAUCGCCUAUGAACCGAAUAUAUUGCGCAAAGAUGAAAUGAAAUUACCCUAUUAUGGUGUCAUACCGAAGAACUCAUUUCACUUGGGUCAUGUCAUUAAGAUUGAGGGACGUGUCCGUCUGUUGCCUCAAUCGUUUUAUAUUAAUCUACAGGCCGGUCAUGAUUGUUGGCCACAUCCAACGAUUGCUUUGCAUUUAAAUCCACGCUUUAGUAAACAGAGUGUUGGCCCUAUUGGCCAGACUACGGUCAUACGUAAUUCAUGGGUCGAUGGCGUCUGGGGUACUGAGGAACGCUCCGAUAUGGAAACCACUUUUCGUCCAGGCAAAACAUUUAGUUUAUCUAUAGUUCAUGGCUCUAAUGAAUCCUUUGAGAUUUAUGUCAAUCAUGAGCUGUUGACGGAAUACAAAUUUCGCUGUAGACCGGAAAGGAUUGAUACGAUUUAUAUACAGGGUGAUAUUAAGUUAUUUGAUGUGGUUUUGCAGCAGAAUACAUCGUUCGAAAAGAUAUCACCAAAUCGUAGAGCUAUAGAGGAUUUGUAAAUAAGCAUUUCAAACAUUCUUAACUUACAAAACAAACAAAAAAAUGAGCCUUAUUUAUAUAAGCUUAAGGAAUAUUGAAACCUAACUGAAGAAGGGAAGGAUGAAACGAUAUGGAACACUGACAAACAAACAACCAAACAAAAAACUAUAUACUUUCGGAAUUUUAAAACUAUAUUAACAAAGAUUGUGUUAUUUAGUUUUUAGGCUUAAAAUAAAUUUUACUGUUAUUUAUUGGCUAUAAUCAAAAAAAAAAAAACAAAAUCUAAAAAAAGAACUCGAAAAACGUAUUUAUAAUCCCUACUCCCCAUCUACCAAAAACCCUGCCCCCUACACUAAAUAUGGAUAAAUCUAUUUUAUUAUAUUUUUUAUAAAUGUUACUAAACGAAAACUAUAUUUCAUUAAACCCAAUUGAAGUCCCUUUUUAAUACCAAAAGAAGAAAAGACAAUAAAUUUACUCCUACUAAAAUUAAAACCUAAUUUGAUUUAAAAUCUAUGCAAUAAUUGAAUUAAAAAUUAUUUAAUGUAUUGUAUUGUAACAAAAUAACAUUAACAUUUAAAACUAAAUUAUUUACUUACUCGUACUUUCAUAGAUAUGUUGUGGUAUUUACAAAAUGUUGCGUCUAUAUUUCCGUUGUAUUAACUAUAACUAUAAAAAAAGCAAAGAUAUAAACAAAAACUUAAAAUAAUAAUCAAAUUAAAAUUUUGCUCUUUAUCUAUAAUAUAGUUUUUAAUAAAUCAUGUUGUCAUGAACUCUAAAAGUAAAACAAACUAAAAAAAACAAAAUGUAUGAAACUGCAGACAAAAUAAGUGCAAUUUUUUUCUAAAUGAAUCUUAAAUAAAUGUUUUCCAUGUAUAAAAAUAAAGGGAAAAGAAAACUAAAA